CAGUCUUGUGACGUCAUCACCCUUGCACCGGAGCAGGAAGUGCCGGAGGUCGGUGGGACUCUAAAUAGUCUUCUGUUUUUGCUGCGCAAUUUCAUGCUUUACCGAGCAAACAUGUAACGGUACAUUCUCCAGCCGAACAAGAAUCCACCGAAUCAUACCUUAGCUCAAACCCAUGACGGCCGGGACACUCUAGCGGCGGGGGUGAGACUCGUUUACCGGAGGAGAGAUGAAGGAGGUGCGGGGCUGCGGCAUGCGGAGCGCCGUCGGGUUCCUCUCCCGCAGGGCGAUCGACGGACAGCCGCGGCUGAAGGAGGACUUUCAGCGGCGCAGACUGGCCGGCUGCUCCAGCCUCUAUAACAAGGACAUGCUCGGCCACUUCGGCUGCGUUAACGCCAUCGAGUUCUCCAACAAUGGAGGCCAGUGGCUGGUGUCCGGUGGAGAUGACCGCAGGGUGCUGCUGUGGCACAUGGAGAAAGCAAUACACUCACGAGCCAAACCGAUCAAGUUGAAGGGGGAGCACCUGUCCAACAUCUUCUGCCUGGCAUUUGACAGCACCAACAAACAUGUUUUCUCAGGAGGAAAUGAUGAGCAGGUGAUUCUGCACGACGUAGAACGUGGCGAGACGCUCAACGUCUUCUUGCAUGAUGACGCUGUGUACGGUCUGUCCGUCAGUCCUGUUAAUGAUAACAUCUUCGCCAGCUCCUCUGAUGACGGCCGAGUUCUCAUAUGGGACACACGAGAACCGCCACAUGGAGAACCGUUCUGCUUGGCCAACUACCCCUCAGCGUUCCACAGCGUGAUGUUUAACCCCGUAGAACCCCGUCUGCUGGCCACUGCAAACUCUAAAGAGGGGGUGGGACUGUGGGACAUCCGCAAACCCCGCAGUUCUCUGUUAAGGUACGGAGGGAGUUUGUCUCUUCAGAGUGCCAUGAGUGUGCGCUUUAACAGCAUGGGGACGCACCUGCUGGCUCUGCGCAGGCGUCUGCCUCCCGUCCUGUACGAGCUCCACUCUCGUCUGCCCAGCUUCCAGUUUGAUCACCAGGGCUACUUCAACUCCUGUACUAUGAAGAGUUGCUGUUUUGCUGGAGACCAUGAUCAGUACAUCUUGUCUGGCUCAGAUGAUUUUAACCUUUACAUGUGGAGAAUCCCCAAUGACCCUGAAGCAGGAGGUCCGGGUCGAGUGGUGAACGGGGCCUUUAUGGUUCUGAAAGGUCAUCGGUCUAUCGUGAAUCAGGUCCGCUUUAACCCUCACACAUACAUGAUCUGCUCCUCCGGGGUGGAGAAGGUCAUUAAGGUAUGGAGUCCGUAUCAGCAGACAGAUAGUGUUGGUGAUCUGGAAGGCCUGGUGGAGGACAAGUCGCGCUCUCUCUACACUCAUGAGGAAUACAUAAGCCUGGUCCUGAACAGCGGAAGUGGCCUGUCACAUGAUUACAUCAGCCAAUCAGUGCAGGAAGACCCCCGGAUGAUGGCUUUCUUCGACUCGCUGGUUCGCCGUGAGAUUGAGGGGUGGAGCUCGGACUCGGACAGCGAUUUGAGCGAGGGCGCCAUUCUACAGUUGCACGCGAGAGCUCGACGGUCCACACGCGCCAUGCAAUCUAUGCCACGAUCUUCUGCCAAUGUAUCCGCCGCUCAUCACAGCGACUCUGACCACUCCUCUUCAUCCUCAUUGGCUGGACCGGACGCCUCUGGGAGCGAGCGGACCGAUCAGGAUAGGAGCGGGUCGCAGAGGAGCCGGAUGAGGCCACGUGCGUCUGCGUUUCUGCUAGACCUUGUGAACGAGGACUCCGAUUCCACUGGGUUCUGGUUGGACCCAAUUCCCCGUCCCAGAUCUCCAAGUCCACGUGAGAACUCUAGCCUUUCUAGCCACGCCUCCUCAGCAGGCAUGGCUUUGAGUUCUAGCUCCUCUCCCAGCUCAUCUUCUAGCUCCUCCUCCAGCACAGAUGGCGUCGAUGAGGAUCUGCGCAGGAGUAGGAUGCGACAGCGCAACGCAGCCAGAUGGAGACGCCACUUGAGCCUUUCAGGAAGAGACUCCACCCACAAUCUUCACGGCGCAACAGAUUCCUCCAACUAUCCCAGCAUUUCCAUCCAUAAUCCAUCAUCACCCUCUUCAUCCUCAGGCGACGAAGGUCGACCUUUUAGCAAUCGUGGAAAAGAAAAACCAAGCGGACAUGGCUCAAGUCCCACGCACUUAUCUGACAGACAAAUGCAGUCCAGAUGUAGGCGCCGCUUCACUUCCUCUUUCUCAGGUGGUGACACCCUUGUGGAGAGGGCGAAAUCUCGAGCGGGCUUUCUCGCAGAGUCUGGGGAGGAACCAGAGCGAGGGAGAACUAGCGGGGAAGAGUUAAGUGCUGUGGAGGAAAUAAACAUGACUCUCAGCAGUCGCACUACAGCGGCUGGGGUUAACGGACGUCCACAUGCAGAUGAGAACCAUGCAGACUCUAUACACCCAGAAUGCUCUGGGACAGAAAAAGAACUCAAUAAGAACUCUGGCGACUCCAGGACCCAGGGGGAACCCUCUGGAAGGGAGAUCUCCAGUGUUGCUGGGAAACGGACUUGUUCGGACACAGGAGACGAGGAGGAUUCUCCAUCAGAGAAGAGGGCGAAAACCCUGUGAUGUCACAUCACAACUCACUGACUCGGAGUCAAACUUUUUUGAGCUGUUUAUCUUUGGACACUUAUGAUUUAUCUUUUUUUUUUAACCAACUUCUCUUUUUCUCUUUACAUGCGUUCUGGGGUCACACCACAGUGAUGACACUAAAAAAAAAGAUAUUAGUGAUAUUAAUAUGUUAUUGCAAGAAAAAAAUAACUGCAGUGCUUUUGGUUUCAUAACAUUUUAGUUCCAUUGAACCUGUAACCUUUAUGUUGGGGGCUCUGGUUUGCUUUUGGGCUGUGAGAAGAAAAAGCUUUUUUGAGCAUACAAGGAUGGCUGUUCCGAGUCUGUAUCAGUGGAACAGGGGUGGGAAGGGGAGGGGGUGAAAAAUAGUGUUUCCAUGGUAACCUCAUUGAGCAGCAGCUGUUUGAGUUCUGCAUUAAAGUUCUGU